UAGUUGAAGAAUUUGAAAAUAUUGCUAGCAGUUAUUUAGAAGAUCGUAAUUUGGAAAAUCGAGUUCAGCAAAUAGAAACUGAAUUAUUAGUUAUUAAAUGUGAUUUCGAAAAUCGUGUUCAGCAAUUAGU